AAAAAGUAUUCAAGAGAUUAAUAUUUGAAGAAUAUCUUGCCAAAUUUGAUGUUUAAAAACUCAACCAACCAACAUGAGUAUAUUGAGUGCCUAGUAUUCUUGCUCAGCAAGAACCCCAACUUUACAGCAGAAGAAAAAAAGUUCUGGAGGCGGGAAAGCCCGAGAUGAAGGCCCUGACAGGUUCGGUGUCCAGGCUCCUAGGUGGCCGCUUUCUCGCUGUGUCCUCACAUGGUUGAAAGGGGCAUGCAUCAAUCACCCUUGACCUUUGUAAUACAUCACCUUUGACCAUGGAAAUGGCAGCCACAACAAGAUUCUUCAUUCCUUUAAGGCUGAAAAUGAAGGCAAGAAGCGAAAUCCUGGCCUCAAAAUUCCCAAAGAAGCAUUUGAACAGCCCCAGACCAGUUCCACGCCGCCUCGAGAUUUAGACUCCAAAGCUUGCAUUUCUAUCGGAAACCAGAACUUUGAGGUGAAGGCAGAUGACCUGGAGCCUAUCAUGGAGCUGGGCCGAGGUGCGUACGGAGUGGUGGAGAAGAUGAGACAUGUGCCCAGCGGGCAGAUCAUGGCAGUGAAGCGGAUCCGGGCCACCGUGAACAGCCAGGAGCAGAAAAGGCUACUGAUGGACCUGGAUGUCUCCAUGAGGACGGUGGACUGUCCCUUUACGGUCACCUUUUACGGCGCGCUCUUCCGGGAGGGUGAUGUUUGGAUCUGCAUGGAGCUCAUGGAUACGUCGCUAGAUAAAUUCUACAAACAAGUGAUUGAUAAAGGCCAAACCAUUCCAGAGGACAUCUUAGGGAAAAUAGCAGUUUCUAUUGUUAAAGCAUUAGAGCAUUUGCACAGUAAGCUCUCUGUCAUCCAUCGAGACGUCAAGCCUUCCAACGUGCUCAUCAAUGCUCUGGGCCAAGUGAAGAUGUGCGACUUUGGCAUCAGUGGCUACCUUGUGGACUCGGUGGCUAAAACUAUCGAUGCAGGAUGCAAACCGUACAUGGCUCCGGAAAGGAUAAACCCGGAGCUCAACCAGAAGGGCUACAGUGUGAAGUCUGACAUUUGGAGUCUGGGCAUCACCAUGAUUGAGUUGGCCAUCCUUCGGUUUCCCUACGAUUCAUGGGGAACUCCUUUCCAGCAGCUCAAACAGGUGGUGGAGGAGCCGUCGCCACAGCUGCCCGCAGACAAGUUCUCCGAAGAGUUUGUCGACUUUACCUCGCAGUGCUUGAAGAAGAAUUCCAAAGAACGGCCAACGUAUCCAGAGCUUAUGCAACAUCCGUUUUUCACUCUACAUGAAUCCAAAGCAACAGACGUGGCAUCUUUUGUAAAAUUGAUUAUUGGAGACUAAAACGAUGGACUCAAUCGGUUGACCCUCCUGUGGAUUGGUGGGUUUACGGGGUGAAGCAAGGUCACUAAAGCGCCAACAGAAACUCAUCCUUGAGAUAAUUUAACCUUGCCUCUCAGAAGGCUUUUUUUCUCCCAAUUUUCUUUUUCUCCCCCCUCCGAAAGGGGCCUUGGAAUCUAUAGUAUAGAUUGAACUGUCUAGAUGGAUGAAAUAUGAUAAAAGCUUAGGACUUAAAAAGGUGAUUAAAUAUUUAAUGAUGUGUCAUAUGA